AUGCCCGCCCCGUCGCAUUGUGAUGUGCUUGUUGUCGGUAGUGGCAACGCCGGGUUCUCUGCAGCACUUUCAGCACGACAAUCUGGAGCCAAGAACGUUGUUCUCAUAGACAGAUGCCCCGAAGAAUGGGCAGGUGGAAACUCUUAUUUUACGGCCGGUGCGUACCGCAUUGCGCAUGACGGGCUGAAAGAUAUUCUCCAGCUGGUGAGCAACGUGUCCGAGGAGCAAGCCGCCAAGGUUCAGCUUGCCCCAUACACCCAAGAUGAUUUUCUCAGCGACAUCCGUCGUGUUUGCGAGGACAAGUCCGACCCAGACCUCUCUCAGGCGCUUGUAUCCGAGUCCAACGCGGCAGUCAAGUGGCUUGCUGCCAACGGCAUUCGUUUCGCGCUGUCGUUUAAUCGACAGGCGUACGAGGUUGAUGGAAAGCUCACAUUUUGGGGUGGUUUGUGUCUCAAGACUCUGGAUGGCGGUAAAAGCCUGAUUGAAGACUACAAGGUCGCAGCUUCCAAGCAUGGAAUAGAGGUAUACUUUGCCACAGAACUCAUCUCACUGCAUCAUGCGGCAGAUGGUAGGCGUGUUAUAGCCCGCGUCAGAAAUGAUGAUACAGAGGCAAACGUGACAGCCAGCGCGGUGAUACUGGCGGCCGGCGGAUUUGAAGCCAACCCGGAGAUGCGCAGACGCUUUCUCGGCGCGGGGUGGGAUAAGGCUGCCGUGCGCGGCACUCCGUACAAUACGGGCGAAUGCCUCCAGCUCGCGCAGGAAGCGCUCGGUGCGCAGCCCGUCGGCGACUGGGCCGGCUGUCACUCCGUCGCCUGGGAUGCCACGUAUGCGGACCCGCGGCAAGGCGACCGCAUGGCCUCCAACGAGUACACCAAAUCUGGCUACCCCUUGGGCUUGAUGCUCAACAUCCACGGCCAGCGCUUCGUGGACGAAGGGGAGGACGUGCGCAACUACACCUACGCCAAGUUUGGCCGCGCCAUCCUCGAGCAGCCCGAGCACGCGGCCUUUCAGAUCUGGGACGCGCAGACGAGCGGAUGGCUGCGCAAAGAGGAAUACCGCCGGGAGCGCGCCGAGCGGCUCGAGGCCGCCACGCUGGAAGAGCUGGCCGCGCUCUGCGCCGCGCGCGGCCUUGUGGACACGCAGGCCUUGCUCGCGACCAUCCGCGCGUACAACGACGCCGUGCACGCGCUGCCUGCCGACAAUGCGGCUGCUAGAUGGAACCCGGCUGUCAAAGAUGGCUUGUCCACGGGACCGCACCUCGUGCCGCCCAAGUCCAACUGGGCGCUGGCGCUGGAUACGCCGCCGUUUCUGGCCGUCAAGGUGACGUGCGGCAUCACCUUUACGUUUGGCGGCCUGCGCGUGGAUCCAGCGACGGCACAGCUCGUCGGCGAGAAGGGGAGGCUGAUCCCAGGCGUGUACUGUGUGGGCGAGAUGCUGGGAGGCUUGUUUCACGGCAACUAUCCAGGCGGCAGUGGCCUCACGUCUGGUACGGUCUUUGGGAGGAGGGCAGGCAGGGCAGCAGCCGCAUAUGCCGGGCAAAGGGACAUCAAUGUAGGAGCGUAA